CCCUCCCCUCCCCACCCCACUCGACUCCAUCGAUAACACAGGAAAAAGGGCCACAAAACGGAUCCGCUUCGCCAACACAGAGGAUCUAGGGUUCCUCCCUUCCGGAUCUCUCUCCGCCAAAUCUCCUUCCUCCCCUUUCCAUCCCACUUCUCUCUCGCCGAUCAUCGUCGCGAUAGGACGGAUUUGAUUUCCGGUUGCUGGUUCAGUGAUGUUUCUGCGCCAUAAUUAGGGUUAUCGAAUCCUGGAAAAAAGUGCCGGCGAUGAACUUUUUUUGUGAUUUAAGACAUAUCUUGGUGAAGAGAAAUUGGAAAUUAACGAACUGACAGCGGCGGAAGGGGAAGGAGUCACUGAAGUUGGAAGAGUGUCGUGGUUGGUUUCUGUAAAUAUGAGAGGAUCAGAAAAAUCGAGAAGGGUUACUUGGGCGUCGGAUGUUAAUCUUUGUCAGGUGCGCCUAUUUCUAACGGAAGAAUCUCCUUCACAAGUUGGAGGAGUAACCGGUCAAGAUCACCUUCAAGCGAAGGCCUCGUGGGUGUCCCAUUCAACCGGGACAGCUAGUGAUGAUGUUCUCCCUCCUGGGUUUGAGCUAGCCCAGUCUUCGAACCAAUCACAAAUCAAAGCAUCCGAUGUUCCUGUCAUCAAAUGGAGGUCUCCACCUAGGUUUACAAUGGACGCACAGUGGAUAGUUGUUGCUGGAGAAGAGAGCCAGGAUGUUGAGGCUCAAAACCAACGAGAGAUGCGUGUGCUUGAAGCUGUUUAUCCUCGCCCUUCUGCCAUCCCAACAAAUCCGGCUUUUCCUGGAGAAACAGACUCCCAUCAUAAUGACGACCAUGUUCUGCUAAUUCCCAUCGCUGUUAUCGAGGAUGAGGACUCCUCUGAUAUUGUGGGAACCAUGAGUGCACAACAACCACAGUCAUCGUCAGCUCCUGGGGUUGCACCUCAAUUUGCCAGCACUGCUGCUGAACCUGAUGUAGUAGCUGCAGCAUCGGCUGCAUUUGCUGCCAUCAACAGAAGCAACGAGCAAGGAAGCUUGAUAGACCAUGACUUGCUCAUCAAGAUUCUCAGCAACCCGAAACUGAUCGAGAAAUUAGUGAAAGAUCACGGAGCCUCUGCUGCUGCCACCACCUCAGCUGUCCAAAACUCGAAACAACCUUUCAUAGCUUCAUCUGAACCGUUUUACGGUCAUGCCAACAUGGGAGGACGAACGAUUCCUCCUGGUCCAAAUGUUCAUGCGGCUCCACCCCCCGGACCGUUUAUGAACAUUCCUCCACCUGUGGUUGCCACAUCAGCUUCUUCCGGCGGCCCCCCACCAUCCAUGAAGGAUUUCAGUUACUAUAAGAACUUGAUUCAGCAGCAUGGAGGCGAGAGACAACCAGACCGAUACGGUGGUCAACAACAACCCCAACACCAACAACAUAGACAGCAGCAAGAUCAACUAGGGUAUUCGAAAUCAUCCAAGGAUUCAAAGACCAAAAUCAUGAAACCCUGUCUCUAUUUCAACAGCUCGAGAGGGUGCAGGAACGGAGCGAACUGCGCCUUUCAGCACGACAAUGCUGCUCCACCUCAACCGAGAGGGAGCAGUAUGGCCUCGUCUGAGAUGCAGAGCUCCAAGAGGAUGAAAAUGGAUAGAGAGAUUAGCAGUUGAAAGAGUUCCGUGACUACAUGUAGUUUAUUUUACAUUUGGGGGAAAAGCUUGUUGCAGCUGUACAUUUUUUAGGCGAGAGAGGCUUCUAUGGCCUGUUUUGUGCUGCAGGAAAUUCGCCUUAUUUGUUCCCCACAGCGAAGUUUUAAUUUACCAGGGAUGCACCAUUCAUCAAGUCUCAACUUGC